UCCUCAGUCAGCAGAUAAGCUUUGAAAGGUGAACAAGUGGCAGAGUUUUAUCACUUUUCUGGCCAAUUUCCCCGCUAAUCUCCCACUUUCUUAGCUGAAAGUCGUGCCUUAGCAUCUCAAGAAGACUUUACUGCAGGAGUUGGUCAUGGGGGAGCCGAGUGGAUUGUCCAAUUCCGAGGCCAAGGAGCUCUGCAUGACUCCGGAUCCGGCAACGAAGGACUUCCUCUUCCAGCAAACGAUGUACAGAAUCAAAGACCCAAAGGUCACGUUGCCAUUCUACACAGGAGUUCUGGGAAUGACACUGCUCACGAAGCUGGACUUCCCCGAGAUGAAGUUCACGCUGUAUUUCCUCGGAUACGAGAACGCCAGUGAAGUGCCUCAGAACCAGAGCGAACGCAACCGCUGGGCGCUGAGCCGAAAGGCGACACUGGAGCUGACCCACAAUUGGGGCACAGAGACGGAUCCUGACCAGAAGUACCACAACGGCAACUCCGAUCCUCGCGGAUAUGGGCACAUUGGUGUGCUGGUCCCUGAUGUGUACGAGGCUUGCGCCAGAUUCGAGAAGAUGGGUGUGGAAUUCGUGAAGAAGCCGGACGACGGCAAGAUGAAGGGACUGGCCUUUAUCAAGGAUCCCGACGGCUACUGGAUUGAGAUCUUCAAUCCCCACAAGAUGCAUGGAAUAUAAGGAAGCCUUCAAUUUUUGCAAUAAACUUUCUUGUUGGGAAGAUGAGAGACUGAAA